GUGAGUGACGGAUGUGUAAACGGACCGCUAGUUCGUUAUUUAUUUGUUUCGUAUUUCAAUGUAAAAUUUUUGGUGACUAAAGUAAAUUAUUCUUAUGGACAUGUAAUUAAAAAGUGACUGCAAGACUCUUUAAUGCUUGGUCUCUUGUUUAAAAUGCUUGUGCCCUUGUCGGCGUCUUAUUGUAGGUUAUAAACUGAAUCUUAUUCGUCAUCAAUUUGCGUUUUCUACAUCGACAAACGUUUCUUUCUACUAAAAAACAAAAAUUGUAAAGUGCUUUUAGUGUUUGACAAUUUAUAGUUACGACAGAAGAAAUUUUAUAGCAAAAUGGGGCUGAUUUUGUCAAAACUUCGCCGUAAGAAAACAACAUCAGAGAUCCUGGAACGCUUGGAGGCGAAUAUAAAAAGCAUAGAGCGAGAUGGUCACUGCAAAGAACAGACGCACCGGCGUGUGGUCGGCUACGUCAUGGCGUAUUCCGUGGGCCUUUAUGUGCUGCUCGCUGUGUUGUACUACUAUGUUUACGUUGGUCGCAGUCAGCAUUGGUUGCAUUCACUGCUAUAUGCCUCCCCGCUGCUAGUGUUGCCAAUAUUAGUGUUUUUCAUUCGCGCUACGAUAUCGUGGUAUUACACAUGGUCUUUGAACAAGAAUAAAAUGAAACUGAAGACGAUGAGAGAAGAAAAGAAGAAAAUAUUAGAAGAUGUUAUGAAUACUGAAACAUAUAAGGUUGCUAAAGAGAUUCUCGACAAGUACGGUGGUCCGGAGGAGCAAUCGAAUGCGCUUAAGCCUUUGCUGCCGGCUAUAGCGUCUCCAAACAACGCGAACAACGCACCUAAUUCUGCACCAGGUAGAUCAGUCAGAUCAACACCAGUGCCGUUCAGACAGAAGCAGCUCGCACUGCAGUCCUCUACUCCUUUAAACCGCAACAUGAACUUGAUGGCCAUGAACAAUACGACCACAGCUUUGUACAAAGGACCAAGACUACGAUCAAACCAACUUCCUCGACCCUUGCUGGAUAGAAACCGCUCGACGCUAGACAAAGUGAUAGAUUAUCUGAUGAAGGAUGGACCCAACCAUCGCAUGGCACUUAUAUGUUCAGAAUGUUUUUCACACAAUGGUAUGGCGAUGGUGGAGGAAUUCGAUUACGUGUCGUACUCGUGCGCGUACUGCGGCAGGCUGAACCCCGCGCGCAAGCAGCGCCCCGCCGCGCCCCCACUGCAGCCUGUCAGAGCGCUGCUGCCGGCUUCCAAUGUCAUCGCUAAUUCAGGCGAUGAUUCAUCAGCUGAGAGUAACACUAGCGACAGUGAGGAGGAAAGAAGAAAUGUAUCGAAUCCUGAAAAUAUGGACGUAUCGGAAUGCGAAAUGGAUCGACCCCCUUCUUCCUCUGAAGAGGAACCGAAAUCCCCAACUGAGAAGAAAGAAGACUGAACGACUUUUGUCAAAUUUCCAUUUUCCCAUGUGUUCCGCCCCACUCGGACAAACCGAGCGGUGGCGGAGAACUAAAAUAAUGUCGCGAUAGACUAACAUUUUAUUUAAAAUAAUCUUUGUUGUUGAUUUAUAAAAAAAAUAUUUAUUAAAUUCAAAUAUUUCCAUGAUAAUUUAUGACUAAUCAUAACUAUAAAGGUUUGGAAAUGUUCAAAGAUGAUCAAAAAUUUGAAUGUUUGUCGAGUAUAUAAUUUUCAUUAGACGAUUGCACCUGCUUACAAGCUUGUCUGCUUGAAAAUAUAACAAUAACUGAUUGGUUGUUUAUAAUCCAUUCCAAAGACAAUAGAGUCAAUUUAAAAAUAUACAAUUUUUUUUUUUGCUUUUUAGAAGUUUUUGGUAAUGACCUUGAUAAUAAUUUUGCUAUAGAUUUUACAAAAAUAUUGUCAUUAAAUCGUAAAGUUUAUAAUAUUUGAUUUGGAAUACAUGUUGUAAUAUAAAAUAUAUUUGAAGUAUCGAAUAAUUUUAAACCAUAACAAAAUAGUCCAAAACUAGACUUACAACCUCAGUCUUCUUAGUUCUGUGUUUUUUUUUAUAUCUCAACAAAAUAAAUAAUUAAAAAGGUUGAAUACGCUUUCAAUUACUCAAUAAUGUUCGAAUAUGGUGCGAAAUGUAUUCAAUGUUUAUACAAUAUACACAUUUUUUACCUGCAAAAGUAAUAAUUGAUGUGCCUUGCGAAGUUUUCCGCGAUGACAGUUGUGAUAAAACAGCGCCAUCUUGCAUAUUUACGAUAGUGAUGGUCGAUGUUGCAUUAUAAUCGAUUAUUUUAUCGAUAUUCUUCAACAUUCAUAUUAAUCGUUUAAAAUGUAAAAAUUUAUAAAUUACAAAAAUUAUGCGACGUUUAUUCUGCGAUUUUAGUUAGUCUUGAUAUUGUCAUAUAAAAAACCAGCAUAUUUUUUGUUUGUAUUAUAUUUUUUUUAUGAAUUUGCACAUCGACCAUCGAGGUUUUAUUGACAAUAUUUUAAUAUUUUGAUCAUAAUUAAAAAUAAAAUAUUGUAAUAGUUAUUGUAGUGAAUACAUUUUAGAUGAGAGUUUAGGUGAAAAUCCAAUGAAAGGUUUUAAAAUAUUUAGCUAAAAAGUGUUUUUGUUUGCUCUGUUAGAACUCUGAUGAAAAGAAAUCUUUAUUUAUUACGGCAUACUCUUGUGUUGAUAUGAAUUAACAUACUGUAGUUUGCGGACGGUCAUUUAUUAACUAAUAUUUAAAUCUUUAUUAAGUUAUUAAUUUGAAUCUUAAUGUAGAUUUAAUUUAGAUUGUAUUCAUAGUAAACGUAUGUUUUUUUUGCAUGUUUUUAUUUGUAUAUUUGGUACGCUACUUAAAAAGAUCAUGCUGUAUAUUACCAAAAUAAAGAACUUAUUUUUAUUAACGUAACUAAAGACAACAAAUGUAUGGAGUAGAUAAAAUUAAAUUUUAAAAUAGAAAUAUUUUAAUACUGGAUUCCCUUGAUUGUUGGAUUAUCCUAAAAGUUCGAGAUUUCUAUUUGUUUAUAACUUAAUCCUUGUGUUAUUUAUUUUUUUAUUUUUAGCUGCUCCAUAUCGUUCUAUGUUUGAAUCUGAAUUUUGGAC